CGCCCUCACGCCCUCGCGCCGGCGGCGGACGCGCUGCGCGUGCCGGGCGGGCGCGGAGGCGGCGCGAGCCGGGCGCGGGGAACGUUCGCCGCGGGGGCGGCUCCGGGGCUUGAGAGGGCGUCGCUGCCGCCUCAGCCGCGGGGGUCGGGCCGCGGGAGACCUUCGGGACGCCGGGGCCGCGAAGUGAGAUGAUUGAGGAAAGUGGGAACAAGCGGAAGACCAUGGCAGAGAAGAGGCAGCUGUUCAUAGAGAUGCGUGCUCAGAAUUUUGAUGUCAUCCGACUUUCAACUUACAGAACAGCCUGCAAGUUACGAUUUGUGCAAAAGCGAUGCAACCUUCAUCUUGUUGAUAUCUGGAACAUGAUUGAAGCCUUCCGAGACAAUGGCCUUAAUACACUGGACCACACGACUGAGAUUAGUGUAUCCCGGCUGGAAACUGUCAUCUCAUCCGUCUAUUACCAGCUGAACAAGCGCCUUCCUUCCACUCACCAAAUCAGUGUGGAACAGUCCAUCAGCCUGCUCCUCAACUUUAUGAUUGCUGCAUAUGACAGUGAGGGCCGAGGCAAGUUGACGGUAUUUUCAGUUAAAGUUAUGUUGGCAACCAUGUGUGGUGGGAAAAUGCUGGACAAAUUAAGAUAUGUUUUCUCCCAGAUGUCAGAUUCCAAUGGCUUAAUGAUUUUUAGCAAGUUUGACCAGUUUCUGAAGGAAGUCCUGAAGCUCCCAACAGCUGUCUUUGAAGGGCCAUCUUUUGGUUAUACAGAGCACUCAGUUCGCACCUGUUUUCCCCAGCAGAAAAAGAUAAUGCUAAAUACAUUUUUAGACACCAUGAUGGCUGACCCUCCUCCGCAGUGCCUUGUCUGGCUACCUCUCAUGCACAGGCUUGCCCACGUGGAGAAUGUCUUUCAUCCUGUGGAGUGUUCCUAUUGCCACUGUGAGAGUAUGAUGGGCUUCCGGUACCGAUGCCAGCAGUGCCACAACUACCAGCUCUGCCAGAACUGCUUUUGGCGUGGCCAUGCCGGUGGUCCUCACAGCAACCAACACCAGAUGAAGGAGCACUCCUCUUGGAAAUCCCCUGCGAAGAAGCUGAGCCAUGCGAUUAGUAAAUCCUUGGGGUGUGUGCCCACCAGAGAACCCCCACAUCCUGUUUUUCCUGAGCAACCAGAGAAACCACUUGACCUUGCAAAUAUAAUCCCUCCUCGCCCUCUGACUAACAUGAAUGACACCAUGGUGAGCCACAUGUCCUCCGGGGUGCCCACUCCCACCAAGAGGUUGCAGUAUAGCGGGGACACACCCAGUCACUUGGCCGAUGAGCAUGCGCUGAUCGCCUCCUAUGUGGCCCGUCUGCAGCAUUGUGCACGUGUCCUGGACAGUCCUAGUCGACUGGACGAGGAGCACCGACUCAUAGCUCGCUAUGCUGCUCGGCUGGCUGCAGAGGCAGGAAAUGUGACCCGUCCUCCCACUGACCUGAGCUUGAACUUUGAUGCCAACAAACAACAAAGACAGCUGAUUGCAGAACUGGAAAACAAAAACAGGGAGAUCCUGCAAGAGAUUCAGCGCCUCCGCCUGGAGCAUGAACAGGCCUCCCAGCCCACCCCUGAGAAGGCCCAGCAGAACCCCACGCUGCUGGCAGAGCUGCGGCUGCUCAGGCAAAGGAAAGAUGAACUGGAGCAGAGAAUGUCGGCGCUACAGGAGAGCCGGCGCGAACUCAUGGUUCAACUGGAAGGACUCAUGAAGCUGCUGAAGGAAGAAGAGCAAAAGCAGGCAGCACAGGCUUCGGGGUCACCCCGCACGUCGCCCACCCACGGCAGUGGCCGCCCGAUGCCCAUGCCCGUGCGCUCCACCUCAGCCGGCUCCACCCCUACCCACUGCCCGCAGGAGCUCCUGGGCGGAGUGGGGGGAGACAUGCAGGAGGCCUUCGCCCAAGGUGCCAGGAGAAACCUCCACAGUGACCUGCUGGUGGCUGCUGACUCCAUCACCAACACCAUGUCCUCCCUGGUGAAGGAGCUGUACUCAGGUUAGCAGAGGAACUGGACCAAACGCCCCCUGGGCCUCCGAGCGAGCUGGCGCGGACCCAGGACCGCGGCCUCCCGGAGCUGCAUCCCCUCCAGGCCGCCCCCGACAGGACCCCGGAGCCGCCGGACGUCGCCGCCAGGAGCGGAGCCGGGGCGCAGCUGGGGCCUCUGGGCCGGCCCUGCAUGAACUCGCAUCUACACUCCCCGGGGCCUGUGUCGCCCCGCAGGGGCAGUCACCGGGAGGUGGCAAAGAGAAAAGAGCGGCACCGUC